AUGAACUCAAGAGUUGAUUCUGCCUAUGAGAUAGGUGCUCGGGCUUUUGUCAAUGCUGUUAGUGCUAAGUUAGGAGUAAAUGGGAAGAUUGUAUGUCCAUGUGCCCGAUGCCGCAAUCUAGAUCGGCAUACAAGUGAGGAGGUUGUCUCUCAUUUGGUUAUAAAUGGAAUGGAUGGCGCUUACAAGGUACGCACGGAUUGGUUUCACCAUGGAGAAGGUAACUCUGUUUCUGUAGUGGAAGGUGAAGAUAGAUUGAGAUAUGCUGAGAUCCUUAGUUUAUAUGAAGCUGCAAAAUGUUUAGAUGAAGAUUUAGCCAUUAGUGGAUCACAGUUACGUGAGUCAGUUGAGGGUGAGGACAGGAAAGAAGAUGAGUUUCUAGCAAAACUUGCAGAGGCUAAAACCCCUUUGUAUCCAACGUGUUCGAGUCAUAGCAAGCUAUCAGCUGUUGUUUCGUUGUUUAGGAUAAAGUCUCAGAAUGGGUGGUCAGACAAGAGCUUUGAUGACUUACUGCAAACACUGCCAAACAUGUUACCUGAAGACAACGUGUUGCACACCUCAACCUAUGAUGUGAAGAAGUUUUUGAAAUAUUUUGAUAUGGGAUAUCAAAAGAUUCAUGCUUGUGUGAACGACUGCUGCUUAUUUAGGAAGAAGCUUAAGAAGGCUGAGAGAUGCCCAAAAUGCAAGGCGUCUAGAUGGAAGACCAACUUGCACACUGGUGAAGUCAAGAAGGGUGUUCCCCAGAAGGUUUUGAGAUACUUCCCAUUAAUACCUCGUCUGAAAAGGAUGUUCAGAUCGGAGCAACUUGCAAUGGACUUAAGAUGGCAUUUCAGUAACAAGAGCACAGAUGGGAAACUGCGCCAUCCAGUAGACUCUGUUACUUGGAAGUCAAUGAAUGACAAGUAUCCGUCGUUUGCAGCGGAGGAGAGGAACUUGCGACUUGGGCUUUCAACCGAUGGGUUUAAUCCCUUCAAUAUGAAGAGCAGCCGAUACAGUUGUUGGCCUGUGUUACUGGUUAAUUACAACAUGGCUCCUGACCUAUGUAUGAAGGAGGAGAACAUCAUGCUCAGUCUACUGAUUCCAGGACCGCAUCAACCGGGUAAUAGUAUAGAUGUUUACCUAGAACCCCUUAUAGAAGAUUUAAAUCAUCUGUGGUGCAUAGGCGAGUUAACUUACGACGCAGUCAGUAAGACAACAUUUACGCUUAGGGCAAUGCUUCUUUGGACUAUUAGUGAUUUCCCAGCGUAUGGGAAUCUUGCUGGUUGUAAAGUGAAGGGUAAAAUGGGUUGUCCUAUAUGCGGGAAGCACACAAAUAGUUUGUGGCUGAAACAUAGCAGGAAAUUUGCUUUUAUGUGUCACCGUAAAAGUUUGCCUCCACUACAUAGUUUCAGAGCAAAGAAGUCUUGGUUUGAUGGAAAAACUGAACAUGGGACAAAGGGGAGGAUACUCACUGGUAGGAAUGUCUCGUUUGUGCUAAGAAAUUACAAGAAUGUUUUUGGUAAUAGAAAACAGUCUGGGAAAAAGAGAGCUGCUAGAGUUGAGAUACCAUCUGAUAACGAGGACGAAGUCAGUGAAUCUGAUGAAGAUGAAGAUUUAGGAGACAAAGACGAUGAGUAA